AUGGCACACAGCGCAGUCAAGCAAAUUCAUGGCAAAUUACAGAGAGCAUUUGCAAGCAGCAGCAAGGACACGACGCCCCUCCUCGCUCAGGCAAAGCUCGAUCUGAUUCAAGCUGGACUCCUCGUUCCAGUUGGAGAACACCGCGAGCAGGAUCUCAGCUAUGCUCGAGACAUCUUGGAGAUUGGAGCCUUUUGGAGUAUUCGUGUUCGCGAUGUACCCGCCUUUGAUCGCUACUUCUCCCAGCUGCAAACCUUUUACACCGACUAUCAGGGUGUACUUCCCCCCUCGCCUAGACAAUAUCCAUUACAGGGACUUAAUCUCAUCCGACUGUUGACACAAAACCGCAUCUCCGACUUUCACACCGUCCUUGAGUCGCUGCCACCAGAAACACUCCAAGAGAACCCGUUCAUCCGACACCCCGUCAAUCUGGAGCGAUGGCUCAUGGAGGGGAGCUACUCAAAAGUAUGGAACGCGCGAGAGGAGGCCCCCGCUGCAGAGUACCGAUUCUUCGUCGACAGUCUCAUGGGUACCAUUCGAAACGAGAUUGCGAGCUGUGAAGAAGCCGCUUACAACAGUCUACCGAUGGCAGACGCACAGACACUCCUCUUCUUCAACAACCAGCAGGACCUGAUGCAGUUUACACAGCAACGUGGCUGGCAACCCGAUUUGAUUCGAAAGGUGUUCACCUUCCCGACAAAGGCAGAUGACAAGGCUGCGGAGAUUCCGUCGCGAAAGAUUAUUGCGCAAGCUCUGACGUGUGCAAAGGAGCUUGAGCAGAUUGUGUAA